UUCGCUCAUUGGCAGGUGUAGUUUUGAUUGUUCGUUCAAGGCCGCUGGUUUGGUAUAGUUUUGAUGAAGUUUGUACGGAAUCGAUUGAGAACUUCCUUAGAUUCCUAGUUGACGUUUGCAUUUCUCGAAAUUAAAUCUUCCGCUUUGCUCGUUAUCCCGAUAGUUUGUAUGCUAUCAUCCCCAAUUUAUGCCUAGAGCGAAUUUGUCAGCUGAUUGCCGGCCUUCAUGGUUUAAACUUUAUGCACUCAAAAUAAAGUUGAACCAACUGAGGGACUUCUAUCACAAGGAUUGUCAUAAGCUAUCCAGUUCGCUGUCGCCCCAAGUGUGGAACUAGGAUUCUAUUCUUUCGUAAAACUUCCGAUUAUUCAAGAACUGGUCAACUUAAUAGAACACGACUUGACCUAAUAGAAUCUAUGUCAGCGGACAAAUAAACAAGCGAUUCGUAAACCAAUGUGCAGAUCAUAUAUUAUUCAUUUAAAAGGACCAAUAAAGUUCAUGGAUGUUACCUUUUUCUGGAAUAUUUUCAGUAUCUAGCGGCAUAAUUCUGUGCUGCUGUAAGCAGAGGACUAACGUAGUAAUAAUGAUAACAUAUUUGAUUUCACUAAAAUUAUAGACAACAUUUUUCGUUAUUCUCAUUUUCUUAUAAUAGGUUUGAGUUAGAAAUGAAUUCAGGAUAAAUGUUUAGUUUCUAUUCGAAUUGCUCAUAAUAUUUCGAAAGAACCAUGAGGAAAAAAGAACAAUAACCAAUAGUAUCAUGAGACUAUCAUCAUGAUGCACUGAAAGUUACUAAGAUAAAAUAGAUUCAAGAAGAUACAUUAGUAUAGGUAAAAAGUCCAAAAAUAAAUAUUACACCACUUAAUCAGUUUCGUGAAAUGUUGUUGCCGGGAUUUAUUUAUGAGUUUCAUGUAGAAAGAGUUGGUAUGAACAAUGAAACAACGGGAUGAAUAACCUAUCAGGGCAUCACUUAAUACUCGGGAAGCCGGAUAAAAACGAAAGCAAACAGUGAUAUUUUGUGUACAAACCUGUGAUCUGACAAUCCAAAUAUACGUAGCUUAUACUCCCUCUUACUUUGAGGAUAAUGUGAGCUAAAAUUGACUUCGUCGCUAUACUAAUGUCACUCAGUGAUCGAUGUCAAUUUUGUCGCUAUAGUCGUUAUAAAUAAAUUUUGUAACCUACAAAGUCAUCACAAGGUUUCUGAUCUGAUUGGGCUUUUGUUGAUUCUGGUUUUUAGAUGUUUAAAGUGAAAAUUCUUAGGACCAGGAAUCCACACUGUGGAUCGUUGUGCUUAAUUUCAAAAGUUGAGUUUUUAGUGAAAGGCACCAAAUUAUCCGACUAGACAAAUUUCAAAUGUCCGAGCAAUACAUAUUCGUUCCAAAUUAUGAGGACUCACUAACCGAUAAUCUGUUAUUGUUGUCAUCCAACAAAUUAUUGUGAUUUGUGGUUUUGUGUUUUUGUAUAUUUAUUUAUAAUUUCAUAUAUCGCAGUUUAAUUACUAACGGAAGUUUUCGGUUACAUCUUUUUGGCAAUCAUAACAGUGGGAGUAUCUUCGACUGUCAACUUACAGAGACUGUACUAACUUAACAUGCUACAUUGUAUCUUUACCAAACUAAUGUUAUGUAACAUACCUAUUAAAACUUCUCAAUGUGUUCUAUAAGAUAAUAUAACGUAAUCAGAGGACAUUUUAAGUUAGCUCGAGCUUCAUAGUUCAAAUAUAUUCACAUCUUAUUUAUCUUUCCAGUCUCUUUAUUUCAUCCCAAAAAUGCUUUUAUUAAUUAGUAAUAGAGAGCCUGUUUACUUAGACCAGGAACCAGUUACCUCUUAGACAAUGUGAUCCACAGCCUAGUUAGUGUAACGUUAUCUGUUUUUCCUCGUAUCGAAUACACAGAAAUAUUGAUAAUACACUAUUACCAUUAAUUAGUAUAUCCACAUCUGACCUCAAUUCCGCCUGUUUAGAACAACAAAAUUAGUUGUUUGUUUUAGCAAAUGAUGUUACCUCUUUCCAUGAACAAAUGUUUGUGAUAUUCUACAUUAAAAAAUGAUAUGUAUAUUCAUUUAUAUGUCUUCGGAGGAUCUGCCCCCGAAUGCCCUGGUACGACUGAGGGUGGGGGGUUGCUCUUCUGGAAAUGCUCGCACGUGGCCACGUGUAUACAGCCACCUCCAGGGAAGUCCUACUCACUGCGUUCUCGUGGUGGGGAUGUUUACAAAGUUGAUAGGACGAAAACCUAACUAAAACUCCAAAGAUUCCACUCUAGUGAAAUACUGUUCAGAUAAUUGGUCCUUGGUUCUCAGUCUGACAUCAGUUCAGGGUGGAAAUUAUCUUCGAAUCAGCGAGAAUUUCUACAAGCGUUAAAUUGUCUUGUAGCCUUCAGUGACUCACUUGGGAACCUUCUUCAGCUUUUAUAUUUCGUAACUUGUGAAAUCAAUAAAAUCAAAUAAGCGUCAUUCAAUAUUAUCGAUCGUACUAUAUCGUCGGAUUACUAUGGUUAAACAACAUAGGCUAAUAAGUUCCAAGUUAGUAGAUAAAUAAAGUGUUCACGUCAUGUUCGUGAUUGACUACUAUCAAAAGGUCUUGAAUCAGGAUGAAAUAACUGCCCAGUUUCAUAAUGAUUUUAAAAUUUCACUUGUCUUAGAAGACUCACCAGCCCUGGUGGGUUGAUGUUUUACAGUCUUAAUACGGGUUCAAAAAGAUGACUGUUUUUGGCAACUUGCAUUACUCAUGGAGUAGGCGUGAUAUCCAUCUGCCCAUAAAAGGGUGAGUGGAACUAUGUACUACUCUGUGGCUGUGAAACCUGGUCUCUGAAAGUAGAACAUAUGUGUUUGUUCCGGAUGUUUAAUCGCAAGCGUUUUCAAAGUAUUGCACGUGUAUCAUAAAAUGGUCAAGUAAGCAGUGCUGAGGUUAUCCACAGGGUACUAAGCAAAGAUAGAUUGCCAUAAUUUAUCACUUAAUCCGUAAACUUUUAGUUCUGUAUUUUAAAACACAACAAACAAAGUACAUCAGUCUUUUUUAAAAUAGAUUUUAGCUCAUAGUGAACCAUGAAAGAGAGCGACAAAUUUAUUCCAUCUUAUGAGCACCAUGCAACGGAAGAAUUAUCACCAACCAAAUCUGAGGAUUCUAAUCUUCAAAACACUCCUGAAAUUCCCACAAGCUUGCCUAGUCGAGUUGAACUAGUUCGGCCUAUUUAUCAUCAAAUUUCAGAUUUUUGUUUUGAUUUUGAUUCGGAAGGUAUUCUUCGUCAUACUCAAACAGGAGACACAUUCUGUGUAAAGGUAACUUCAACAGGCCCUUCACUUAAAAGACAAGAAAUUAUUCGUGCAAUUUGUACACGUUUAAUUCGUCAACGGCUAUUUGCUUUAAAUAUGGAAUCAAGUCAAGUUCCGAUUCCUGGACAUCCUACUCACUGUAUGAGAGUUUUACAUUCUAAAAAUUUUUUUACCCACAAGGUCCCAUCAUUAUUUUGUUACAAGGGGGUGGAAUCGCUCAGGCUGGCGUUUGGGCUCCUCGUCUUCUAUUACAUCCUCAACAUGGUCUACAGUCUGGCAGUCAAAUAUCUUUAG